AUUAAUUUUUCACCCAAACACAAUUCUCUGUCUCUGCCGUCUCCGGUCCCACCAAACUCCUUCUUCUUAUUUCUGGAGAAGAAGAAGAAGAAGAAGAGAGUGGUGCCGUGGUAUCUCUCUCUGUUCAGGGUUCAUCUUCUUCUUCUUGGAAUCUCUCAGUAUUAAAAGCCCAUCAAAACCCUCGCUCUCAUCUCCUUAAUCUGCUCCUUCCUAAAAUUCAAAAAACCAUCUCAUUUCAAUUCAAAUUUCAGCAGUCAUUUGCCUUAUUUGGAUCUACACUUUCCUUUCAGGUUGGUUGUGUGAUUGAAUAGAAGAAGAAUAUUAAACCACCGACAAAUUUGAGAUCAUCCAAUAUUUAUUGCAAAAGGAGAGAAGAAGAAUCAUUUCUUUUAUGAAUAAAUCUCAUAAGUGUUGUUACAAUAAUGUGAUUAGAAUUUGAGGGGAAGAAGAAGAUUUGGAAUUAUGGGUUGAUUUUCAAUUUUUUGAUUUUGGUUUCAAAUUUUUCUUUUUUUGGUCUUUGGAUUAAAAUUUAUUUCGAGUGUUUGAAGACGAAUUUUGUAAUGGAUCUAAAAGAACAAAAUGAUGUGUUGAUUGAUCUUGAAAGUGGUGGUAGUGAAGAAGAAGCAGUAGUAAUAUUGGGUAAUAAUAAAGAACAAGAGCAACAGCAAGAACCCAUUGCAUCGAAAGCAAGGAAUUUCCUAGAUAAGGUGUGGAAUGGUAUUCUAACUUCUUCAAUUGAUGUUAUCACUGGUGGUGGUGGUGGUGGUGAAGAUGGGGGGAAGAAUAAUGUAGCAAAUGGUGAUUUGGAGAAUGGUGGAGAGGUAGUAGAAAAGAGGAGUGUAUUACAAGGAGGAGGAGGAGAUACAUUGAGUCCAUUACUGGUGGUAAAGAAAAAAGAGUCGAAGAAAUCAAAGAACAAAGUAUCUGCUCCAAAACCACCCAGACCACCUAGAGGACCGUCACUGGAUGCUGCUGAUCAGAAAUUGAUUAGAGAAAUCUCUGAGCUAGCCAUGUUGAAGCGGGCAAGAAUUGAACGUAUGAGAGCACAUAAGAAGAUGAAAGCAUCAAAAGCUGCAUCCUCUAAUAGUAAUAUGUAUGCCAUGAUCAUCACUGUUAUGUUCUGCCUCGUCAUAAUUGUCCAAGGAUUGUCAGCCAGAGGCAGUUCACAGUUAAGCUUCCAAGGCUCUCCUCAGUCAGCGGUAACAAUGAGUGGAGGAAAAUUAAUUUCGGUUCAGUAUUUCAAGAACAAAUCUGCACCAGGGACAGAUGGGCCUGGCUCUGCAUCUCCGAGCCUGGUAGAACAGGUGUCUGGACCAGGUGCUGAUGAGGAAGGUAAAACUAGAGUUGCAGGAUGAUAAAUGAAUGUCAUCAUGGAACUCUGACACGAACCACACAGUCAUCAUCCCACAGAGAGAUAUACAUAGAGUGAGAGGGAAAGAGACAGAGAUCCUGUAACAGCUCGUUUUAGAGAUCUCCAUUAGUGUAUAUAUGGAAAUACCGUGAGACGGGCUCAUUAUAAUAAUGCCCCCAUCCGAGGUUUAACAUCUGAGACGGCAGCUUUCAAACUGAGAAAAUAAAAUAAAUUUGGGGGGUUAACAGUAUUUUUGAUGAUUUCACAGUCUCUGUCUGUGGUUGCUAUAUUGGUACUCAUGUAUGUAGGGCAAUCUUGGGGCCAGAUGAUGUCCCCUGGAAUAUUAUUGCCAACUGCCUCAUCAAUCCAUUCCCCACCUUCUUGGUGAUGUUGAUGACAA